UCCAUGGCCAAAGUAGGUCCAUCAGUCCCGCCCCCCAUCACCAGGUUAUCUCCGCCCACCAUCGUCCUACAAGACAUGGAGGAGCAGCCAGGUGAAGUCCUGCAGGGGCACAGAGCCGCUGAGAGAGCCGGACCAGGAAUUUUGUUUAACGUCAACAACAGCAAUAACAACGAAGAAGAGGAGGAAAAGGAGGAAAAGAAGAAAAAGAAGAAAGAGAAGAAAGAGAAGAAAGAAAAAAAGGAGCAGAAACAGAAGGAGAAGCAGGAAAAGAAGGAGAGGAAGGAGAAAAAACAGAAGGAGAAAGAAGAGAAGGAAAAGGAGAAAGAGAAGGAAAAAGAGAAAGAGAAGGAAAAGGAGAAAGAGAAGAAGGCUAAAGAGGAGGCUCCUAAGGAGAUCGAAGUGGUUGAUCCGGCAGGUAACACCUACUACUACUGGCUGUUUAUUAUCACCAUCCCCGUCAUGUACAACUGGACCCUGAUCAUAGCCAGGGCAUGUUUUGAGGAGCUACAGACGGACUAUCUUGUCUGGUGGUUCAUCCUGGACUUUAUCUCUGACCUCACCUACAUCGCUGACAUGAUCUUCAGAACAAGGACCGGUUACCUGGAGCAGGGUCUACUGGUGAAGGAUGAGCAGAAACUGCGCGAGCGCUACAUUAAAAGCUUCCAGUUCAAACUGGACCUGAUCUCCAUGAUUCCCACCGACGUGAUGUACCUCGUAAUUGGCAUCACCUACCCCGAGAUCCGCCUCAACAAGCUCUUCAGGUUCAACAGGAUGCUGGAGUUCUUCCAGAGGACGGAGACCAGGACUAACUACCCCAACGCUCUCCGUAUCUCCAACCUCGUCAUGUACAUCGUCAUCAUCAUCCACUGGAACGCCUGCCUCUACUACUCCUUCUCCAAGGCCAUCGGUUUCGGUUCCGACAGGUUUGUGUACCCUGACCCGGCAGAUCCAGAGUUUGGUCGUCUGGUGAGGAAGUACGCCUACAGUAUGUACUGGUCCACGCUGACGCUCACCACCAUUGGAGAAACUCCGCCCCCUGUCGAGAACUCCGAGUACUUCUUUGUCGUCACUGACUUCCUGGUGGGCGUGUUGAUCUUUGCCACCAUCGUCGGUAACGUUGGUUCGAUGAUCACCAACAUGAACGCUGCCAGAGCCGACUUCCAGGCUCGCAUCGACGCCAUCAAACAGUACAUGAGCUUCCGAAAGGUAACUAAGGACCUGGAGAAGCGAGUGAUCAAGUGGUUUGACUUCCUGUGGACCAAUAAGAAAGCAGUGGAUGAGAGGGAGGUGUUGAAGUACCUGCCUGACAAACUGAGAGCCGAGAUCGCCAUCAACGUCCACCUGGACACCCUCAAGAAGGUUCGUAUCUUUGCGGACUGCGAGGCCGGUCUGUUGGUGGAGCUGGUGCUGAAGCUGCAACCUCAAGUCUACAGUCCAGGAGAUUACAUCUGUAAGAAAGGCGACAUUGGCAGAGAGAUGUACAUCAUCAAGGAGGGAAAACUCGCUGUUGUUGCUGACGACGGUAUCACGCAGUUUGUCGUCCUGAGUGACGGAAGCUACUUUGGCGAGAUCAGCAUCCUGGCUAUUAAAGGCAGUAAGGCAGGAAACAGGAGGACAGCCAACAUCAGGAGCAUCGGUUACUCCGACCUCUUCUGUCUUUCCAAAGAUGACCUGAUGGAGGCGCUAACAGAGUAUCCUGAUGCUAAAGCUCUGUUGGAGGAGAAGGGAAGGCAGAUUCUGAUGAAGGAUGGACUGCUGGACCUGGAGGUGGCAGCGCAGGGCCCCGAUCCCAAAGAGAUCGAGGAGAAGGUGGAGAAGAUGACGAGCACGCUGGACGUCCUGCAGACGCGUUACGCCCGCCUGCUGGCCGAGCACGAAGCCACUCACAGCAAACUCAAACACCGAGUCACCAGGCUGGAGAGGAAGCUGGUACCACCGCCACGGGCCGACCAGCCGGGAGAUGCUCCGCCCCCGUCUACACCUGAGCCACAGACAACUAAAGAAGAAGAAGAGAAGAAGUAGGGUGAAGAGGAGCAGCACUGGGAUGUUUGAUUUUAGACACUGGGUUAGCCAGAAGGGUGGGGAACAUGUUCUGACAUUAUAUUGGAUGAAACUCAAAUAUUUACAAAACUCAGAGACACAUUUCUGUUCCUCAAAGUUAGAUUAAUCUUACAUCCCUUUAAGUUCACUCAAGGUUGCUGUUCACUUUAUGUUACAUCAGUUCACUUAAUGUAGUUCACGGCACUCUGAUUAUAUAUUAUCACAGUAGUUAAUUGAUCUGAAUAAUCAUUGUGCACAACAUGUAAUUCUGCUUUAUGAGCAACACUUCCUGGAAGAGUCACGAUUUUCCUCCAAAUUCAUUAAAAUGUUGUAAACGUACAAGCUGACAGUUGUGUUUACACUGGAAACAAACUGAAGUCAAAGUGGACUGACUCCAGAUCAGUUGACUGCCUGUACGUAAAGGAACUGCUGCGUCAGCGGAGCACAAGAGGACGACCGAGCUUCAGGACAAACAGACUCUGCUGGGAUUGGCUGUAGAACAAGCUUCACUUCCUAGAUCACCUGCUUUAAAACCAUCAGAGGUCAAAGGUCAGCAGAUAUGACCGCAGCCUGCAUGUACAUCCCUAGUUUUUUUGUUUUUCUAUAAAGAAGAUUUUGCCUUUCCUGUAUAUGUUUAUUUUUCUCUGAGGGCUUGGCCGGCCAGUCACAUCACUGCUUUGUGUAAAAAGUUGUUAAAGCUACUUAGCAAAAACAUGAACCAAACUAACUCUGGAAGCACUGCACUGAAAUAAAGAUAUUUUAUAAGGAAA